CCUUCGGUUCAGUCAGUUUUCGCACAGCGCUUGGACAAGACGUGCACACAGCUAAGUACGUAAAGUGGAGAGUAAACUAAACGAGCUAAGCUAAUAACAAAGCGAUAUUCAAACGUAUCAACGGAAACGCCAUGGAGUUUAACAAUCGUUUGCUAUUGAAGAUCAUUGAGCUGGGUAUUGCCAUUGCUUGCGUUGUGCUCUAUGAGGUGGUUGGCGACUUGACCAAGCGCCCAUUGAUUGUGUGCGGCACCAUUGUAGGCUACACAAUCAUCUGCGCUGUCCUACUGAUCGGACACGUGCUCGGUUCGGUCGUGGAGAAACGUCUCAAUGCACUGCUCUCGCUGAUCGGCUGCAUUCUGUUCGUGGCCUCAGGUGCCCUGGUCAUUGAUGAGUGGCAUGAUGCCUACGAUUUCUUGAAGGACAGCAAGCGUAAUGCCAUCGCAGCUGGAUCUCUGAUGAUAAUCAAUGGCGCCGUCUUUCUACUGGACACGCUGUCCAUUUGCAGAACGUAAGCCCCAAAACACAAGGGGUAUCCAUACAAAGAACUACGUCUAUAUCUCUAUAUAUCUAUAAAAAAAUUUUUUUGUGAAUCGAAAUUCUCAUGGCUUCUGUGUGGGUCAUAAAAUGCGAAUAAUGAAUCUUGCGUAAGCUAUAUAUAUAUAAACUAUAUAUAUAUAUAUAUAU